AUGCGAGGGUGGAGGGUCUGUUCCGGCGCGGCGGACGCCGCGAGCUCAGAACGCGAAUCCUAAAUUCGUUGAAGAGGGGGGAGAAACCUCAUUUCGGCAACAACAACGCGGCCCUCGAGUGCGCUGCCGCGUUGCAGCUCUACCUCGGCCAUUUGAAGAAACCAGUGAUGCCUCAGCACGUCCAGGAACUGCUUCUCCCGGGGGUGACCGCCGAUGUGAUUGUGAGGGACGCCCUGGGCUUAAUACGGCAGGACGUCGGCGGCCGUCACGGAGAGCUGCUGGCCGAGCUUCUUGAUUUACUGAGACACUUGACUCUUUCCGGACCCCCGUCCGAGAGAUCGGAACUACGCGGUUCGCCGCUUCCGAUAGCGCUGCUCCCAGUCUUUUUCACUUUAACGCCAGCUGACCUGCUGAAAUGGAAGCAAGUAGCGACCAGAUUCAGCGAAUUAAUUACCGAAGCCCCUGACCAACUGCAGCUGAAUGAAAAUCGAUCGCACGACAUGGUAACCGUGGACGACAACGCCGGAAACGCGACCACCGGCUUAAGAAGCCGGAACCGCGUGUUGGCGGCGUAAAGAAGGACAAAUGGACGCGUCAAAGUUCAGAUAAAUCAGGAUCAAGAUCGAAAGAAAGCACGGCGUUAAGUCUCUCCCUCUCUCUCUCUCUCUCUCUCUCUCACUCUUUCUCAUUCUCUCUCUCUCUCUCUCUACUGUGUUGUCUCUCAUCGACGCUAGAACCAAAGGGCAAAAUCGGCCGAUUAGCAUUACCUUGUGUAAAUUACAAUACUAAUAU